CCUCCCUAGUCUCUCCUCUACUCUUGCAUUCUCCUUCAAAACCACCAUUCCCCAGCCCACACUACCGACACAGAGCUUCGUUCCCGAGUUCUAAACUCCCAAAAUGGUGUCUGUUGAUGCCAUCCGGAAGUCUCAGAGAGCUGAAGGCCCAGCCACCGUCAUGGCCAUCGGCACCGCCACUCCACCUAACUGCGUCGAUCAGAGCGAAUACCCCGAUUACUACUUCCGCAUCACCAAUAGUGAACAUAAGGCCGAACUUAAAGAGAAGUUCAAGCGCAUGUGUGAGAAAUCAAUGAUCAACAAACGUUACAUGUACUUGACUGAGGAGAUCUUGAAGGAGAACCCAAAUGUGUGUGCUUACAUGGCUCCUUCUUUGGAUGCUAGGCAAGACAUGGUAGUUGUUGAGGUGCCAAAGCUAGGGAAAGAAGCAGCGACUAAGGCCAUCAAGGAAUGGGGAAAGCCCAAGUCUAAAAUCACCCACCUAGUCUUUUGCACCACCAGUGGUGUAGACAUGCCUGGAUGUGAUUACCAGCUCACCAAGCUCCUUGGGCUUCGACCCUCUGUGAAGAGACUCAUGAUGUACCAACAAGGAUGCUUUGCAGGUGGCACGGUUCUUCGUCUAGCUAAGGACCUUGCAGAGAAUAACAAAGGUGCACGUGUCCUAGUAGUCUGUUCUGAAAUCACUGCUGUGACCUUCCGUGGCCCAAGUGAUACUCACCUUGAUAGUCUAGUGGGUCAAGCUCUUUUUGGAGAUGGAGCAGCUGCAGUCAUAGUUGGGGCUGACCCAGUGCCUGGGGUUGAGAAGCCCUUGUUUGAGUUAGUCUCAGCAGCCCAAACCAUCCUCCCUGAUAGCGAUGGUGCCAUCGAUGGACACUUGAGAGAGGUUGGGCUCACCUUCCACCUUCUCAAGGAUGUCCCUGGCCUAAUCUCUAAAAACAUUGAGAAGAGCCUUGUGGAGGCAUUUGAGCCUAUUGGUAUCUCUGACUGGAACUCAAUUUUCUGGAUUGCCCACCCGGGCGGACCGGCUAUUUUGGACCAGGUUGAGUCCAAGUUGGCCCUUAAACCUGAGAAGUUACAGGCCACAAGGCACAUCCUUAGUGAGUAUGGUAAUAUAUCUAGUGCAUGUGUGCUGUUCAUCUUGGAUGAGAUGAGGAAGACGUCAGCCAAGGAAGGGCUGAAGACUACCGGUGAGGGGCUUGAGUGGGGUGUUCUCUUUGGGUUUGGACCGGGACUCACUGUUGAAACUGUGGUUCUGCACAGUGUGGCAAAUUAAAGAGAAUAAAAAGGGAUUGAGGCUCCGUAUAUGUUUAAUGUCAUGGAAUUAUAAAUUUGUAAUAAUUAAAAUGGCUUUUCUUUUUACAAUUUUUAUUUUUCCUUUUUCAUUUGGGCCUUAAACCUUUUGUACUCAUUGUCAAAAUUUACUUUGGGCUUCACCAAAAAAAAAAAAAAAAACUCUGGGCAUUGGAUUCUUGUGAUCUGUCUAAUAAAUCAAUAAAUACAUACAUGGGGAGUUAAUUUCAAAAUCUUGUAAUGUUAUUCAAUUAGCAAUACUUUUAGAGGCUUA